UUCUAUAUAGUGUACACUGUUAAAUAUACAACAAACAAGUUCGUACCAGCUGUAAACAGACAGAUUAGAGUUAUGUCAACAUUGAUGCAAUAUUGACAAAUACGUAAACGAAACUAUUUCAAGCAUAAAAGGAGAAAGUGGUAGAACAGUGGAAUAUAGCAUGGAACAAGAACAAGUAAAAUCUUUGGUGAAGGCAAGUCACGAAGCGAAGAACAACUCUUAUUCUCCUUACAGCAAAUUCCGUGUUGGUGCUGCACUGCUCUGUCAAGAUGGCACGGUAAUUAAAGGAUGUAAUGUUGAGAAUGCUUCUUAUGGUUUGAGCAUUUGUGCAGAAAGAACCGCUCUAGUGAAGGCUAUAUCUGACGGUCAUAAACAAUUUAAGGCAAUUGCCAUAGCCAGUGAUAUGUCAAGCUCUAUGAUAGCACCAUGUGGGGCAUGUCGCCAGUUCCUGGUAGAGUUUGGUGUGGACUGGGACGUGUAUAUGACAAAACCAGACCAUUCAUAUAAAAACAUGAAGACUGGUGAUCUUUUACCUCUUUGUUUUGUACCGGACAGUCUCGACGAGGAAAGAAUCAGUCAUUCUGCAUAAAUUAGAAAACAGAUAGACAAUCACCAGAGAGACAAUUUUCAAAAUUUUAAUGUUUGAAGUAGAUGGUGGUAGUAUAAAUGUCACCUAAAAUGUAAAACUUCAUACUAUGUAUUUGUAUACAUUGCUUGCAAUGUAUACAGAGUUAUAAGCUAUAUCUCAGAAAAGAUACAGGUUUAAUGCAUUACCGAACAACAUCCACUCCCGGAUAAAAUCCGCUAUAGAAACUAGUUCUUCAUUCUGCAGUAGCGUUACAUUCCGACUACACAUCAUUAAAAUAAUGUUUGCAAAGUUGUUUAAAUGCUUUGAAAUUUCCAAAUCGUUCAUUUUCAUGAAAUAAUAGACUCUACAUUCCUUUUAAGAAAACAAAAAAUAACAGUUCAUUGAUAAAAUCGUAGUUUAUACCUACGCGUAAAACUUCGCAUAUACGCAUGCGCUUGCUAGCAUGAAUGAAUACAUCGUGAAUAUAGUAAGGCAAUCGCAACUACUCGGCCCUUUCCGUCAGUCUUCGGAUAAUAAGGUCGUCAGAAUUAUAUAAUUAUAUAAAUGGGUCGAAACAUCUCAGAUAGAUAUUUAAUCAAAUAAAAUUCCCGAUUUACAUUUAUGCAAUAAAAUUGCCCUAAAAUGUUUUACAAAAUGAGUAUGGAGCUCCGUAACAAAAUCUACCAGCGUAUACCGGAAAAUGUUUUUUUUUUGUUCUUUUUUUUCUAAAAAAACUGGCAAUUAUCGUGGCUUCGAAAAAUAGAAAUUCCGUAAGCUAUUCUUUUGAAUACCUUUUUUUACACAUGAUUUUCCUUUCACUUUUAUAUGCCUUAGAUUUUUGAAAAGAAAUAUCUUUCGAAAUUCAGUUAAAAAAAAGAUUCGGCCGCUCGAUCGUUCGACCCAUAACAAUUCGUCGAACUUGGGAUAUUGACGAUUAAGCCAGAGCAUGGAGCUAAAUAUAAACAUAUGUGUCCAGAUUCGACGAUAAGAAAUAAUCAUUUGAAACUAACUGUAAAUCAGUGUAAGCAUUAAGAAAUAAAUACAUUAAAUUUAUGUUCAGAAAAUAGGAAUUAUUUUAAUCUUCUUAUAUUAAUGGGUGUAUGGAAUUGCCGAAAAACACCAAAAAAAUACCGAAAAACACUUAAAAUACAAAAAAAAUAUUUAGGCUGUGAUUAAAUUCAGCAAUAUAAACAAUUUUUGAUGAAAUGGGUUCAAUAACAUCAGUUUUAAAUCGAUGAUAUAUCAUAAAAUACGCUGAUGAAUGUAUUCGCUGAGCCUGCGUCGCACAUAGAAAAGCCGGAAAACACAUGUCACAGGCAAAAAAAAAUGCUAAUUUCCAUUUUAUUCACCAGAGAAAUUGUUUUUCACAAUUCCGAUCAAUAAAUUUAUCAGUUGUCAGCAUUAUAUCAAAAAGAACACACUGUAAAAAUGUUUUUGGAAACACAACGGAUAAUCUUAGAAUAUAUGGAUAAGCCGAAAAACACUUUUCACGGCGAUACAAUUGGUAUAAUUCUAACAAAAUUAGUUUUAUCUACUUUUUUCUAUCCUUUAAAUGAUUAAUAUUUACUUUCCUUUUGCAACCAGUGUAAAUUAGAGAAUGAUUCUAUUCUCUGUUUAAUGCGAUAUGAAAGUGUUUUCGGCAAAGUAACAGUCUAGCUUCAAAAAACAUGGAAAAAAAAAAAAAAAAAAAAAAAUUAAAAAAAAAACAACAUUUUUUACGGGCGUUAAAAUAGAUAGUCGUAGUUAAAACAAGAGCCGCUAUUUUUUUCAACCUUUUAAAUGAAUAGAUGUACUAUAAUUUGGUAAUUAAGUCUUGUAGGAUGAUUCAAUUUAUUGACUUUGUAUAGAGUUCAAGCCAGAUCAUGUAUUUUAUAAUAUUAGAUAGCAUUACUGGAAACUCAAUAUGACUGUUUCAAUAUUCUAUACUGCAGUCCAUUUAACGGGUGUUUCAAAAAAUGAUUUCUUUAUUGCUCAUCUAUCAGCUUGCCUAGCAAUACGCAUAUGGAACAUCACAUCUUCCUUGUCUCAUAAAUAACUUUGGAAGAAAAAAGCCUUGGUGCAUGUGAGUCACUUGUUAGGGACAUUGACCGUGGUCAGAAGAUGACCCCUAUUGUUUUCGAGGUCAGUAGGUUAAAAUAAAUAUGGUCUUGAUGACAUUAAUGGAUUAUAUUAUCAAGCAAUGUAUACUUCAGUACUUUCAGUGCUUUGAUUUAUACUUGUUACUUGUUUAACCCUUUCACUGCCAUAGGGACGGCUUAAGAAGUCGGCGUAUUUGCCAUAUGGACGGCUUUAGCCGUUUCUAUAAUAAUCAUAAUAAUAAUAAUAAAUUAAUAAUAAAAAUAAAUAUAAAGAAAAUUAUACCAUCGACACUAAUUAU